GAAGCGCGCAAAAUAAGGAACUGCUGAGAACUAUAACUGACUAAAAGAUCGGUAUUACCUACUUGUAUUCAAGAUCCGACACGCGGUGUUGAUUAAGUUUCUGGCACUUCUUGCUUCAGUCGUUUCGGCCUCGGAUGUCGAAGAUUUCUGAUACAUAUGAAGAUAUUAAAGAAAAAAAGGAGAAGAGUAAGACUUUAUAUAUGUCUGAAACUGGCAUAACGGAGAAAAGUGGUGAGAGAUCACCACACAAAUUCAUUGGAUUUGGUCACGCAGCUGAUGACCUGUGCCGACCGCCUCGUCGGGCAUCCCGGAUAGUCAAAAGUGACAAAGGGCUGAAAGGUAUGCAAGACUGCCUAGCAGUGACAGAUCACCACGGCCUUUCGGUAAUUAAAGGCGAAGUUUGCAGCAGUCAGGCUGCUACUACCAACCCUCCCCGACGCAGCCGACGAAAACCAAAUCCAAACACCCUGGCAGCAGUCGCAAGAUCCCCCAAAAAGGUGUUAUGCCAGCAGCACUCAGGGCAACGGCUUGGGCACCAUCUUGGGCACCAUCUCCUGUACCAUUUCCUGUAUCUUCUCCUCUACCUUCUCAGGUCUUCUCAUUUAAGUCCUCAGUGAUCCUGUGCAGCGCUAAGUCUGUUUUGGGACUCGGCCAUCGUCUCAACACGCCUACUCCCUACUCAACUUGUAUGCUGCGGCGUCGAUGCUUCUCCCUGCAACGCCGCUUUUAGGGAAGCGGACAACCC